ACCCUCGCCGUUCCGUUCCUCUCAGAGUCCCACCGCUCCGGGAGUGGGGAAAGCGUCAGGGAAGGGAUGCUGAGCGGGAAACGAGGAAGAAGGAAGCAGCGGAAAGACUGAAAGCGCCGGCCGAAAUCCUGAGGGGUUCCUGGAAGCGGCCGGAGCGCGUGUCCCUCUCCGCCGCCUCGCUUCGGGCUCUGGCCAAGAGAGCCGAGAGUUCCAGGAGGGUCUCGCCCGCCCAGAGGCGCCUCGCCCGCGGGGUGGUCACCGGUCCCGUCAGGCUUGCAGAACGGGAUCCCGGCUGCCCGAGCUCGGCGCGAUCUCCCUUCACCCACCCACCCGCCGCCCACUUCCCGCUCCAAGGUGUUGGGACCACGGCGGCCGAUCCCGUCCCCUCCUCGCCAGGUGCCCGUCCGGCUUCGCUGCGCCGAGCUUCCCAGCGCCAGGAAAGCGGGGCUCCCGCCUUGCGCCCUGCCGCCCGCUCCAUGGCGAGGGCAGCACCGGCUGAGUCUCCGCGCCGGGGGAGGCGGCGCCGGCGGGGGAAGCCCGGCGUCCGCUCUCCCCCGCUGCCAUUGCCGCUGCUGUGAGGGUUGUAGCGCCGGCGUCCCGGGCGGCGAGGCGGGAGGGCGGCGGGGCGCCGCCAGCAUGAAGUCGCUGAUCUUGAGCCGCUUCUUGGUGCUGCUGCCUUGGGUGCUGCUGGUGAUCCUCAUGCUGGACACGGACGGCGGCAACCGGCCGCCCCGUCCGUCGUCGUCCCAUCUCGCCCGGCAGCCGCAGCCCGCGCUUCGCCAGGAGGCGCCUCGGUGGCGGGAGGCCGAGCUGCAGCAGCUGCCUCUCAUCUAUGCCAUCACGCCGACCUACAGCCGGCCGGUCCAGAAAGCGGAGCUGACGCGCCUGGCCAACACCUUCCGGCAGGUGGCGCGCUUGCAUUGGAUCCUAGUAGAGGACUCGGCGAUCGGCACCGAACUGGUCAGCCGCUUCGCCGCGGGGCUCGGCCGAGGGGGCGGCCCGCCCUGCACCCACCUCCACGUGCUGACCCCGCGCAGGUACAAGCGGCCGGGGCAGCCUAGGGCCACGGAGCAGCGCAACGCGGGCUUGGCCUGGAUCCGCCAGAAGCACAAGCAUUUGCCGACCCCUCAGCCGGGGGUGCUUUUCUUCGCCGACGACGACAACACCUACAGCCUGGAGCUCUUCGAAGAGAUGCGUACCACUAGCAAAGUCUCUGUAUGGCCCGUAGGGCUAGUGGGAGGCCGACGGUACGAGCGCCCAAUUGUGGAAAAAGGCAAAGUGGUUGGCUGGUACACUGGUUGGAGGGCAGGUAGGCCUUUCGCCAUUGAUAUGGCAGGGUUUGCUGUAAGCCUUCAGGUGAUUUUAUCCAACCCCAAAGCUGUAUUUAGACGCCACGGCUCUCAACCUGGGAUGCAGGAAUCUGACUUUCUAAGGCAGAUUACCACAAUGGAGGAACUGGAACCCAAAGCCAGCAACUGCACAAAGGUUCUCGUAUGGCAUACUAGAACAGAAAAGGUAAAUCUAGCUAAUGAGCCAAAGUAUCACCUGGACAAUAUCAGAAUUGAAGUGUGACCCCGUCGGCCUAAAUGGGACAUGCCAUAAUUAAUGGAUACGUCAGACA